ACACAUUCAGAGAGCAGGAAGGAAGCCGAGCUGCUCUCACUUCGCUUUCUGUGGGGUGGCUGCAAAUCCAACCUCAUUAACUCAGGAGAGCUCAGAGGGACCUGAAAAUGACUGCCCAAACCCCCCCUGAGCCCCCCAGAUGCUGUUGCUUCAACAUCAAGACGGCGACAGUGGCCCUGGGCAUCUUCCACAUGGUCAUGAGCAUCCUGCUGCUGAUCGAGUAUUCCCUGGAGGUGGCCAACGGGAAGGGCUUCUGCAAAGACCUGGACAACAAUUACUACAGAAUUGCUGAUAUCACCACCAGUUUCAUGCUGAUCCUCAUGUUGUUUGUCAUCAGCUUCCACCUCCUGCUCGGGGUGCUCAAGAAGAGGGAGCGGUUCCUGAUCCCCUUCCUGGCUCUGCAAGUCAUCGAUUUCCUCCUGAGCCUCCUGACCAUGUUCAGCUCCUACAUCCAGGUGCCAGCGAUCAUCUCGGUGUCCUCCCUGGGCCACACGGGCCACGCCAGGACUCCCCUGCUGGCGCUGCAGCUGCUGGAUUUCUGCCUGAGCAUCCUCACCCUGUGCAGCUCCUACAUGGAGGUGCCCACCUACCUCAGCCUCAAGCCUGUGGACAAUGGGGGCUCUUUGCCAGCCCUGGAGAAGCUGCCAGCAGAGGAAUAUGCCAAAGUGAUGAUCACCUUCACCAUCGCCUUCGUGGCUGUGCUCAUCCUCAAGGCCUACAUGUUCAAGUGUGUCCUGAGCUGCUUUAAGUUCAUCAAAGCCAGCAGGAGGGACGAGGAGAAAGUGGAGCCACACGCAGUGGAAAAGGCCGUGCUGCCGUCCUAUGAGGAAGCCCUGGAACUGCCUUCCAAGGACUGCCCCCCUCCCUACGUGACCAUCUGAGCCCAGCCUGGGGGAGAGCUGCACUGGGUGCUGCUGCUGCCCCUGUCCCUGCAGAGCCCAGUCCUCACCCAGAGCAGUUCCCAGCUUUUUCCAGCCACAUCCUGCCAGGGAACUGCUGGAGCCUUAUCCCCCUAAAACUUCCUGACCCUGGCACCCCAAGUUCCUGACCCUGGCACCUCCAUUUCCUGGUUCUGACACCUCAGUUUCCUGACUCUGGCACCACAAGUUCCUGAACCUGGCACCUCCAUUUCCUGACCUUGGCACCUCAAUUUCUUGACCCUGGCACCCCAAAUUCCUGACCCUGGCUCUGGUUGCCAUCCCUGGAGUCUGGGAGUUGGCUGCUGUGCGUGCAGGGAUGGCCUGAGCCCUGCCAGCUUUGCUCUGUGCCACGAGGAUGGUGGAUCUCCUCUGGCUCAGCAGUCUGACCUUUAGGAAGUGGGAUUAAGGGAUUGUCCUGGUGUAGGGCAAUCCUGGGAGAAAAUCUUCUACAAGGGUUUCUUCUAGAAAAACAAAUUCAAGUGGUUCCUCCCCUAAUUGGUUUGAGAAAAAAAUUUCCUUGGAGAAAAGUGGAAAAAAAUGCUUAUUUAAUAGGCAAAGCAUGCAUCAGCACAAAAAAUGAACAAUAUUAAGCAAUAAAACCUCUUGCCGCUCCAAAAAAAAGAUGAAAACCCAGAAAGUCUCUCUGUGGGCUGUAGCUCAGCUCACUCAGUUCCUUAUCAGUCCCUUAUCAGUCUCUUUAUCAGUCCCUCCAGCAAAAAUGGAAAAUGGAAAUAUUCCAUGGGACAUGGAAAUCCCAUGCCAAACUAUGACAGGGAUGCACAGGGAAGGAAUUUUCUCUGGGAUAACCCAGCCCUGCAGCUCAGCCUGCAGAAUUCCUACAGCAAAGGGAGCAGCCAAAAAUCCCUGGGAAUUGCAGCCCUCACCCUGUCUGCUUGUGAUGAUUGACAGCCACCCAGAACAUCCAGCUCUGCCUUUUCAUACCCGACUGCUUGCAUUUUUCUGUGCUUUUGUGUCACUUGGAAGAUGACUUUCAAUUAAAAUAAAAAUGUUAAUGGCUUCCAAA